UGUUACACCACAGUUAUCAUUGUCAGGAACAAUCGCAAACACGGGAAGUAUGUUUCCUUGAUUGACUGGGGAUUUUUGUAUAGUUUUGCGAGCUGCACUUUUUCCAAACGUUUAUUUCAGUGCAUGCAUGUGGUACAGCUUCAAAACAGAGUCUGGGACCGAACAAGAAUUUUAACCGGCGUUCGAUGUCGAAUGAACUUAGGUAGAAGCUAUGAUGUGCGGUAAUCGCUUUAACUCUGCUGUCGGGAUUUCCGCCACGUCUAACUUUGUGAUAUGUCAAUAUUCUGUGGAUACUUUAUUUUGAAAAAGACCGCGCAGAGUUAGGGUUUUAAACCUAGCCGGAGAUGGCGGUGUCCCUUGGAGUAAGCAGACGUCUCUUCAGGAUGUUAGAGAGCAGAGUCGGUCUCCUCUUCGCCCCGUGUCAUAAGUGCAGGAGUAUCGGGACAUCAUCCAGACAUCGCGGCUUUAUCCUACCAGCCCUGAUGCGGCGGAACGAUCGCCUCUCUCCAGGAAGCCACAGCAAGAUCUUCUGUCGAGCAAGAAUAACUGAUGCUUCUCAGACUGGUUUAUCAAGUGUCGUACCAGUAUUUGCAUUGAUGAAGUUUGAGAAAGAUGGAAAUAUCACAUCAUAUGAAAAGAAAAAGACAGAGUUGUAUCAAGAAUUAAAUCUUCAAGCUCGGGAUUUACGAUUUCAACAUUUAACAAGCAUAACUACUCGAAACAACAGGAUCAUUGUAAGGAUGGAGUUUUUAAAGGCUGUGAUUUCACCGGAUUACCUUUUGAUCCUGGAUUACAGAAAUGUGGGUCUGGAGUCCUGGCUUUUAAGAGACCUUGGUGCCCAGUUGGCAGGAGACGGGCAAUUGCUCACAUCUUCCCUUUCGUUUGAGUUCAGAUCAAUAGAAGCCAUACUUCUGCACAGGGUUAACACUCUUCAAGCCCGGCUUAAUAACCUUCAGCCCCAGAUACUUGAAAUGCUGGAAUCACUUGUGGAUCCAAAGUUGUUAUCAGUUGAUAGGAGCAAAUUACACAUUUUGCUGCAAAACAGCAAAAGUCUUUCAGAGCUAGAAACUGACAUAAAGGUAUUUAAAGAGACUUUGUUGAAAAUACUGGAUGAAGAGGAGUUAAUAGAAGAAAUGUGCCUCACAAAAUGUGGUGAUCCUGAAGUUAAUCAAGGAAGCAGUUUUGGAAUUGACCAUGCAGAAGAGAUGGAACUGCUGCUUGAAAAUUAUUACAGACAAGCUGAAGAUCUGGCAAAUACAGCCCGGGAAUUGAAACUACUUAUAGAUGACUCAGAAAGUAUUGUUUUCAUUAAUCUGGACAGUCACCGUAAUGUUAUGAUGAGACUUAACCUGCAACUGACAAUGGGUACCUUUUCAAUUUCCCUCUUUGGUUUGUUAGGAGUAGCCUUUGGCAUGAAUUUGGAAUCUUCUUUGGAAGAGGACCCUGAAGUCUUCUGGUUGGUAACAGGUAUCAUGUUUUUGGGAAGUGGACUAAUCUGGAGACGCCUUUUGUCUUACCUUGGCAGGCACCUUGAACCUCCGUCUUUGCGACCGAUGCCUCCCAUCUGGAUGAAGGGUCAGAUCAACAGUUCGAGAGGAGCAGACGUAAGAAGUGCGUGGAAAACAGAAACAUUUUCUUCAAGCAAGAAUCCACUUAUUGGUCCCAAGUAGCUGUCAGGAAGGGCCAGUUUAGUGCCUUGCAAAAAGAACAAGCUGAAAUGUAAAAGUAAAUCACAACAUUUAGUUGGAAGCUCAUACAUUUAAAAACAUAUGAAACAUUUACUUUUAAUAAGUACAAAAGAAAUAAGCCUUAAUCAUCUCAAUGCCUCUUUUUUAGAUGUUUCAGUGCAAUAUUAGACUCAAAGCAAGACACAAAGUGUAUGUAUACUGAACAUAAAUGUUUUUAUUAUUCUGCCUAUAUUAAUUUGUUUUGGAACAUAUAUUGAUUUACUGAUUACCAAAGAUGUAACAGUUUAUGAUUGGUUAGGUGUGCUUACACAACAAAUGUUAAAAAGUGGCAGUUUUAACACAAAAAUGGGCACAGUGUUUUGGCUUUAAUGUGAAUGAAUAUAUUACAUACAUGCAAAAAUAGCUUAAAAGACUUUAGCAAGAAGGGUAACUGAAUUAGGAUACAUCUUAACUUGACAGCAGCUGGCCAUAUUUCAUUUCUUUAAAUGUCAGACUUACUGGGGUCUUUGUCCUGUACAGGUAAAUGUGUACAAAUAGGGGAGUGUGCAGCAAUGAGCUACAGAGUGCAUCUCUGUUGUAUCUCAGUCAACUUUUAUUUAUUAAGCAACACUUUUUAAAUCAGAAUAAUAUGUUUUGGAAUAUCACUUAAUCAUUCUUGGCUUCCCUUUUUAAAUUAAACAUAUGACCCCCUUUUCAUCUGCAAUCUUAAGCUAUAGUAGUCAUUUGACUAGGGGCUAUUGUUUGCACUAUUAAAAUCAAGAAAAUCAGACCCAAAUGCAUUUGUAUACAUCCCAGUUUGAUAAGAGUACAAUAAAUGGGAAUCUUGUGUGGGUUUUGGCAGCUGUAAUGUGUUAUUCAGGUUGCUUUUUACUACUUCAGUUUCAGUAUACACUACACAUUUGUGUUGCGGUAAGAGAAGAGUCUCCUGUGGACAAUCGUGCAACUAACCUAAAGCAAAAUGAGUCUGCCUCAUUAGGACAGCCUGAGAUGUACAGUUUUGUGGGGUUGUCCUCCUCAAUCUAAAACCGAGCAAAACAAACUUUAUAAAUUUACAUUUAUAUGGUUGCUACUGUUAAAAUAAAAUAUCAUUCAGAUUAUUUGUACAAUCGUACAAUUAAAUGUUUUUUGCUAAUGCUGCAGAGAUAAACCUAAACAUGAAACAUUAACACAUCUAGAAUGUCCUCGACAGCAACUGAACCUUAA